GGCCAGAGAUGCAAAACCUAAUUUGGCUCUUGGGAACCCUUUCGGUUCGACGGUCUUUCUUCCUCUCGUCGCAUUUUUCUUCCCCAGCGUAGCCCCGCCGGCCGCUUCUCCUCUUCUUCUCUGGUCGUCCCGUAUGGCGACUGCGUUUGGCGAUCCGCGACCGGCGAUCCGCGAACCCCGACGUUGAAAGCAAGGAGGCCCCCCGUGUCCGCCGCUCCGCCGCUCGUUUAUUUUUCUUCUCUGGCUACUAGCGCUCGCUGCGCCGAUCCCUGCGUUGCGCCGCUCCUAUUGCCUGAGAUCCUUCCUCGUUUGAGGUGAGGUCUGGGUUUGGUCAAGGACGCUGCUGCUCGCCAAGUUCUCUCCUCAGUCGCGCCGCUGCUCGACCUGCUUAAGAACGCGCGGGCUUGCUCGAGUCUCCCUCUUCUGCUGGUUGCUGCUCAAGAAGACAAAGAACGCGUCGACCUUCUCAAUAACGCGAGUUCAAACUCAAGAGCGGAGAAGCCAGAAGAGGUUACUCUGUCUCAACUUCAGUCGCCCCAUUUCGUUCAUUUCUUAGAACCACCAACUACCCAGGAAUAUUUUGGUGGAACUUCUCUUAUUCUCAGAGUGAUCUCCAGGUACUCGACAGCAUCAGAAGAAGCAUCUACUAGUAUUCCUGCACCUGCAGCAGAUGAUGACGUGGUCUCCUUUGUUCGAUCCAUUGCCGAUGAGCAUGAAGGCCCAAAUCAUGUUUGGUUAAAUGUAUAUGAAGGAGAUAAACCCUUCUUGAAGAGAAAUGGGACAUUUUUAAUCCUCGCUGGACAGUUCUUCCAGGAUUCUGAAAUAAUUGCCAUGCUUGAAAAAGUGAAGUUGCUUCAGCAGAGAUUCUCCGAACUUUGUGUUUUGGGCCUUCAUACCGGGAGUUCUGCUAGCUUCGCUGCUGAUCGAGAUCAUGUUAUUGACUUGAUAAUGAAAGAAUACAUCACCUUCCCCAUUCUGUUGUCAAACAAGAACUUCGCAGAGAUGGAAAACGGAGCCUGCUACAUUAUGUUCAGAGACUCCGAGAAUCCUCUAGUUCAGCAUGAAAAGGAUCUGGAUAUUGGAACACUUUAUGCAGUGGUAGAGGAGAUGCAAGUACUACAAAAACAGAAUCCUGGUGAUGGAAACUCCAGUAUGGCUUGUUUGAAAAGCACUUGGACAAAACUAGCUGAUGCUGUGAAGGAACCAUACACUGUUUCACCUAUUCAAAACUUGCUUCUCUAUUUCCCAGGCUGUAUAUCUGCAGAUAUAAGUGGCAGUCGGCUAUUCUUUUCUGACUCCAAUCAUCACCGUAUCAUCAUUUCUGAUGGUAAUGGAAGUAUUCUUGACUGUAUUGGUUCUUCUCCAGGUUUUGAGGAUGGAGACUUUGAGUGUGCCAAGCUAUUGCGCCCUGGAGCUUCCUUUUAUGAUGACACUGAGGAUUGUCUGUAUUUCGUAGACUUAGAGAACCAUGCAGUCAGGAGAGCUGACUUGGAGAGACGGGUUCUAGAGACGUUAUAUCCUUCUUCUAGUGCUACUGUAGAAAAGGAAAGUCUAUGGACAAAGAUCGCAAGUAAACUGGGCUUUGGAAUCGCUGCUGUUGAAGCUAAAUCCGAAGAGUUUGAUCCCCAGUCUUUAGUGUUUCCUUGGCAUCUAUUGAAGUCAGAAGAGGAGGAUCACUGCUUAAUCAUUAACCGGAGCUUUGAGACACUAUGGGUAAUGAAUCUGACCACUGGAGAGAUAAAAGAUGUUAUCAAAGGAUUCCAAAAGAUUCGAGAUACCUGUGGAAAUUUGAUCACAGAUAAAUUAUCUCUCUUGAAGGAAAUGCCAAGUGAUUGGUUGGAACAGCAGGCUGGUACUUACUUGUCAAGUAAAGAUACCUUGUAUGCUACCCUCAUAUCAUCACUUACAGCUUUCAACGGCCACGUGUUUGCUUGUGAUACAACUGCACAGAAGGUGGUGAAAAUGAAUAGAGAAACUAGAGCCUGCUCCAUGUUUCAGUUGGUGAAUUACAGGAUCCUUGGACUACCCUACUGGUGCUCCUUCCCACUGGAGAGGAUAUAUUCCCUUUCUCCAACUCAUGAGUUGUGGACUGAUCAUCUUCAACACUUCAACCAAUUGCCAGGCAGGACAGACAUAGAUAUAAAGGUCGACAUUCCAAUAGAUACUGAACUGGUCGAACCAUUGCAUGAGGGAUGUAUCUGGCGUCAGGCAAGAGGAGCUGCUACUGAAGUCUCAGGAACAAAUGCUGAACUGGAAUCUUCGGAAAAGGUUGGUGUUGCCCAGAAGUGGUAUGAUGAACUCGAUAAUCUGGCAUUUUCAUCGGCUGCUGAAUCAGAGACAAUUGUGGAAGAUGAUGAUAGCACAACUGCAGACACUAGGAAUUUUGAGGACGACAAAGUUCGGAUUCAUUGUGCAGUUAAUACGAGCCCUGGCUUGAGUGAGGUGAUCAUAUAUGCACCACUGUAUCUGAGACUCAGAAGAGAUGCGAAUGUAGACGAAGAAGAUAACCAGGAUAAACAUGCAGCGAGGAUAGCUGAUAUCCUAAAAUGGGGUAGUCACGGCUUAACCACAAGAGAUUCAUGCAUUCAGCUCUUGUCUAGAUCAGGAAAGGAUUUGAGAGACCUCGUCUUUGUGAAACCACUGCAUGUCAGAAUAAGAAUAGAAUGCCCUAAUCACCCUAAGGCACCCGAUAACACGAAAGAUAUCAUAUUGACCAAUUCCACUGUUGGUGUCCAUGUCUCACUUUGAGCAAGUAAAAGAACCAUGAGGGCCAAUUGAUUCAUAACUCUCAGUUUUGCUGAUGUUGGUAUAGUUGAGAAUCUGGAUCUCCAGUUCUCUGGAUAGCUUAUUCAAGGAUCCAUUGUCUUAUUGAUUGAUCUUUUGAAGCUUCAAAGGAAGCUCUCAGUUUUGGUGAUAUUCGUAUUGUCAAUCAAUUAC